GCGGCUAUAAAUACCUACCUAGGUAAAGUAGAGGCCCAGGCGUUCUCGCGUCACACUGGCAGCAGCUACGCAAGAAAGCUUGCCGCGUCGCGUCUGGCAUCAUUACUUUUUUUCCCCCUUCGAUCAGUCUUUAUAUCGUACCGGGUGGCCGAGCGAGACGGGCCAUCUCAGUUACCACCUAGACUGCCCGUCUUAUCAACCUGCCAACCUACAGAGUGUGUAUUGGAGCCAUCGAUCUGCGGCUGCAUAUGUAACCGUCGAAUACCUUCCCGCCCAGCUCUCUCGAUAUAGAAUCCAUGGUCGCCGAGUGUCCACAAUAGCCUCUGUAUAGUGGGAGCCGUCGGCUGUGAGCAGCCAUGGUAUUGCAACUGGACGCUGUUCCAAGAAGUCUGGAGUUGUUACCCGCGAGACCCCCGACGCCGCCUCGGGAGAAGAAACUAGACGCCGAUUUUCCCGCAGCUCCUAUCGUUGCCAAUCACCCUGUCGAUACCCGCCUGAGCCUCCACACGCCACCCAACUACCCCCCGGACUCCACCGAUCCCCUCGAUACCAGCUCCCGGAGAACGAGGAAGCGGGUUGGCUUCUCAGCACAGGCCGAGUAUUGUGAUGCUCCGACCUACGCUCCUAAGGGUAAUCCCCCGAGCCAGCACACCCCCAUCUCGGCUCCGUCGUCGGCAGCUGUGGCCAGACCUAUCAAGUCCAUAUUGAAACAUACGUCGAGCCCUGAGCCCCGGAACCCGCUAGACCUAUUCGCCGUCGACGACGAAGCGACCGGCCAGAUCAACAUCGCCGCCAUGUUGGACUCGACCAUCAAGCAGCUCGCCGGAGCGGAUAGGCAGUCCAAGAUCGAUGCGUACAUGAUGCUUUCACGGGCCCUCAGGACAUCCAACAACCUGCCAGACCGCAUCGCGCUGCAGGACAAGAUGAGCCUCUUCACCCAGUUCAUCCAGCGGGAUGUCACGACGAAAGGUCCCAACGGAAACACGGACGCGUCCAUGGUGAACCACGCCCUUACCUUGCUAUGCACCUUCUGUUAUUUUCCCGCCAUCGCCUCCACCAUGUCGUCCGAUUUCGGGGUCUUCAUUAUCGACCAUUGCAUUCGGUCUUUCGAGGACCCGUCCGUCCCCAAGGACGUAGCCAGACAUCUGAUGCAAGUCGUCGCCUCCCAAGACUUCUCGCUCAAAGUCAUGACGGCGGAUCGCGUCGGUCGGCUGGUCGCAUCUCUCCACAGGAUCGAAGAACACCUCCAGGGAAAGAGUAUCAUAAUGUCGCGGAUCUUGAUAUACCAGAGGCUGAUCAGGCAGGUGCGAGUUCACAUGGUUACCCAUUCGGAUUGGCUCUUGGACUUGUUCACCGACAUGCUUAGUAGCAUGAAGGAGAUCCGUGCUGCCGCUAUUGCGCUGGGCCUAGAAGUUAGUUUUACUAUCGGCAAGGAAAAGCAGCUCGCCAGGAGAGUCAUGGAAAUACUACAAUUUACGGUUGAAGAGACCAAGUACAUUGAGUAUUACGCAGAGAGGCUGAUGGCUAUGGCGGAAGACAAGAACGGGUCGGCCUCCGUCCCCCAGGUCUGGAGCGUAGUCAUCCUCUUGCUGAGGUGUCCGGUCAAUAGGUGGGAGUUCUUCUCGCUGUGGUUAGAAAUUAUCCAGCGAUGUUUUAACAGUGGCGACUAUCACACCAAACUCGAAGCGAACUACGCGUGGAAUCGAUUCGUCUACGCCCUACAGCUCAACGGGACGUCCCUCUCGAAGACUAUCGGAACUGUAUGCCAGCCUUUUAUUAGCCAGCUGAGGCGGAAGGGGAGUGGCAAGCCGUUCGACGAACUCCGGAGGGUUGCUAUAGGGAGCGUGUGCAACCUAUACUAUUAUGUCUUCAAGCCAAAUUCGAGUCCGGCGCAGGUCGACAACUAUUGGGACGCGUGUGUUCGGACUCUGUUGCAGCGAUUGGUCUCUCCUGAGGUCGACAGCAAGAACACAGAGAUGCCCACGGCCGCCGCAUUAGAGAAUUUGGCCCAAGCAACCCUUAUAUUAACCGGGCUUUUCAACUCGUCAACUCCCCGUAUAUGGAAAGAAGAUCGCAUUGCCGAGAAACUCUUGGUAAGACCGGACGAGCUGCCUGCGCUGGAUCCAAAAUGGAUCAGACGAAACGCGGCGAGGGUGUUUUCGGUCGUGGAGCCCAUCCUAGAGAAGACUUUCUCGGACCUAGCGAACUCGGAGUCCCUCUCUUACCAUCUCUGGCGCACACUCGUUGGUGCCGUAUCGAUUGCUGCAUCCAAGGAGGUCAAGGUGUCCACCGACACAGCAACCUUCAUGGCACACGCUUUUAGUGUGCUCGCCAGAAUAUGGACUCGAGGGCUAGUCGAACCGAACGAUCAACCUGACCCAGAGCAGAGAUUCUUGGAUGCGACGCAGGUGUAUCUUGUGGUGAUGAUCGACUCGCUAGGUCUGUUGCCGUUCACCGAAAAACUCCUUUCAUUGAAUCAGCACAACACAUUCGUUCCAGUCGCAACGCCCUCUCGUCGGUCGGGAACGUCCCAGGGUCUCGAACGAACGCCUCUCCAUCACCUGUUCUCGAUUCUUUCCACCCUGCCUCCGGGCAUUCCAGAUGGCGCUGGCCUGUCCGAUUUGAUCAAAGCCGCUUUGGGGCCCUUUAUGGUAGCCCGAUCGCCUCAUGCCAAGGUGGACCUGAGUCGCGAGUUGGUCCAGGUCUUGCCUGCAGACGUCCCUUGCCCCUACGGACCGUGGGUCUUCAUAUCCGAGUCUCUUUCUCCGUCACUAGAAAAUAGCCAGUCCAGUCAUUCGACUACCACCUCUGCGAGCGAAGCGACAACGAUCGGCCACGAGUAUCGUGAGAUAGUGAAGCACUUAGAGAGAGGCCUCAAAUCUACGCCGAACCUGCCGUGGGAACAAUGGCGUUCUCUCUUUCAGUUGCUAGCUACCCGUGUGAACUACGAAGCGGGAGAGGCAGGCUGUGCUAUCGCCGUCGUAGAGCCCCUAGCUAAAAUAUGCAUGGAAUGUUUUCCUGCGGCUCGUGAUUACCCAGUACCGCACAAUCUCCCCGAGAGCAUUAUUGAGUUAAUUGCUACUGCAAAGCAGCCUCGAGAUCGACAGGCGUUAGACGCCGCUCGACGGCGUCUAUGGGGCACGUCCGUCGCCGGACCGCGAUCGGCUUCGUUCGACCCGUUCAGCAACUUUUACCGUAUGACGAGCCGCCUACUCGAGACAUCGUACAUGCAGCCAGACCACUACGAUCAAGACGAUAUUGUGGUGCCCUUGCUAACGGAGGUGACUGGCUUUCUAAUACGAUGCAACCGCUCACUCGUGUUCAGGUCGUUGACUCAAUUACGGCGUGGUAUCGGUCUCUGGAUUAAAGACACGGACGCUCGGUACAACAGCAAACAAUCCUCGAAAGUGUCUGGGGCUGUGAAAAUUCUGUGGGACCGAAUCUGCAGCGUAUUUCUAGACGUAAAAUCGCUGGGGAAACUGAAACUCGGCGCCGUCGAAGAACUCCUCUGCUCGGGCUUCCAGAGCAAACAUAGGCAUAUUGUCAAUGCUGUCUCUUCCAUGUGGAACUCUGCCUUUGAGCAGGCGGAGGAUAUUCAGUACCCCGAGAAGCUCAAGACAGUGCUUCUCUCCAUUCAUCCCUAUGUCGACGUUGUGCUACCCGGCUUGGAUACUGCGGGCUACGAAUACAGCGUGCAAGAGCCGUCCUUUAUCGAAUCACAAGACGACUCGGAGGACCCGGUCCCAUCCGCCGAGAGGGCGAUCCGUAGGAAAACGCCUCUGACAGACCGGCCUUCAUCGUCCGGGCGACCCGCCACCCCUGGGUCUGUCCAGCUUUCUUUGUCAAUAAAGCAGAGGUCUGACACUACGCCCAACGCUUCUCGUCCCAGGUCCGCAGGACAUAGCGUGACCCCUAAACCGCGACAUGAUGACUCUCAGGUUGAGUUCGCGCCUAUCGAGUCGUCCCCGAGCUAUAUCGAGUCCCAGCUGUUGACGGAUCGCCAAAAGGAGGUCCGCGAGCGGCAACAAGAGAACGUUUCCCUGUACCCUGACAUUCGACUAAGCGUAGAGAGGAGAAGGUCACCCCGGCUCGCUCAUGCGGACCAGACCAAAACGUAUUUUCAGGAGGCGCGUGCUUCCACUCCUCAGCCUAAACUCGACUUCGAGGACGACCUUGUCCCCUCCACACCCACACCCCGACGCGGUCGUGCCCUAGUCAUCGACGACGAUCAUGAAAUGACAGACGACGCGCCCUCGUCACCGCCAGAGCCUCGUCGGAAUUUAUUAGCAGCGAUGCAACCACGAUCGAGAAGUAACAGCGUGUUCCAGGAAUUCCCGAUGUCGUCUUCCCCAGUUUCAGGAUCGCCAGCACCGACUCCACAGGCUCCAUCCACCAACCAACCGUAUGCGGAGCAGGAUAUUUCAGAAGGCUCUCAGCAUGACGCCUCGCAAGACAUGGACGCUUCGCAAGACAUGGACGCCACAAACGCAGACGAUGCGACGGAGAGCACACCAACGCACGAGCCCGUUGGCGUUGAACGCUGGUCGGAUCCGAGCGAAACCGCUGUCAGACCAACAACUCCGCCAAACCCGACGAAAGCGCCCGAGUCACCGCCAAAGGUAUUUGUAGAAGCUCCCACUAGCCCAAGUCUUCAAACGCCUCGGCCUCUUCGUAGCAACUAUCCGCCGACCGGCCGAGAAGUUAUACAAACCACCGCAGUUCUACCACCGCCAAAGUACGGCUCUUUCGAGCUCAGCGACGGCGAGGAGCGGAGUAUGGCGCGACUUGUGCUCGAGCUAGAUUCUGGAGAAUAUGAGCAGCAUUCUAGAAAGGAAUCGGCAUCACCUGAGAAAGCACCCAAUACGGAUACGCCAGCUCUUGCUGUGAGCAUGGGGUCGGAAGAGCUGGGCGGUCCACCGGAGAAGUUGGAGAGCAGUCCGCUAUCGUCAGCCCCUUCGUCGUGUGCAGAGGUUGAAAGCUCCCCAUCGUCAUGCCAAUCAAAGAAGAGGAAGAGGGAAGCGGAGAGCAACGCGGAGCCAGGCAGCAGCAAGAAAUGCAAGCAGGACGAGACCUCGGAAGCUGACGAUGCCGAGGCGAUCUCGGACAGUCAAAUUCCCCAAGCUGACACGGGCGAUGUAGCCGGCAUUGAUGCGGAGAUGGAAGAUGUGGAUUUAGGCGCGGACGCUCCCUACGACCCCGCACGAGACUCCCCAAGACGAGAGCCAACGCCGGCAGAGGCCCCACAGGCCUUGCCGGCCGCAGAUGACGAAGGCAGCCUCUCGGGAGGCGAGUCCGAGGCUGUGAACCUGCAGAUAUUGAUGGAGGCAUCUCAACAUUCGGAAGUCGAGGCAACGGCAGCCGACGUUACCGCUGUCUCAGGGCUGGCAGAUGGGGGCUACUCACCGGCUGGCGCAGACACGGACAUGCCUGAGGUGGCGGAGCAGGGUGAAGAAGGCAAGGCGGCAGAUGAAGCUGAUGAGGCUACAGACGACGGGCCCCAGGCUAGCGGAGAAGCGGUGAGGGAGAAAUCAGCAGCGGAGAGGAUCAUGGGGGCCCUCCAGGAGGGCCUGGAAGGCCUCCGGACAGCGACGCUGACACGAGAAGAGGCGAAUAGGAUCGAGGACAUGUUCUUCGACAUCAAGAGGGAAUUAUACCUAGCGGAGAGUCGGAGCCGUCGAUGAGCUUACACAUGCAUGGGGGGAAUUGCCAUCUACAUCGAAUCGAUGGUGGCGGGAAGGGGGGAAGGGGGGAGGAGCUGCCCAAGGUACGGUAUAGCAAUAUUACUCAUAUAUGAUACGAGAGAAUGGGGAACUCGGCAUCGAUACAGGCGUUGAGGUUGGGGAACUCAAGGACACCGUAGGUGGGACGACGAUAGGUCCCCCUCCCACGGUUCGGCAUGCAGAUAUAUAAUACGUAUGUACCGCCGGUUGAAUGGAAUCCAUGUUCGCGGACGUGUGAUGGUUCUAGCACGAGGCAGCCGGCUGCUACGGGAGGGUGCGGGUUUGUGCCCACAUACACGCGUGUGUGGUUGGUAAGAUGCGUAGGCGGAUAGAGAUACCUAGUUUGGGUGCGGAUGCGUAGGCAUGAUGAACGGGUGUAUUCGAUGCUGUUGCCUCUCUUUCUCUCUUUUUCUAUCUGUAUCCUAUAUGUGCUCCGCCACGCCGUCCUUCAUGCCGUCGGCGGCGGCGGCGGCGGACAAGUCGUAUAGGCGAGGCGGCAAAGGUGCGGAUGGCAAUCUAGAGGGACAGGUAAGCUGCAGGGCAGGUCGACAGCAGUUUCAGGUGAUGCAGCGCAACGCGAGGCAGA